AUGAAUGGAUUGAGAUCUGAGUGGAAAGCGAUUGUGUCUAUUGUGAAGGCACAUGAACAGUUCAAGAGCUACUCAUUGGUAAAGCUUGUGGGAAUUCUUAGAUCCCACGAAGAUGAAGUUACGAAGGAGGUGAAGAUUGGUUCUAGUUUGGGAUCCCUAAAAUUAGUUGUGAAUGGAAAGAAGGCGUAUGAAGAUGAUUCGAAAUCUGAUCUUUCUGAUAGUGAGAUUUCCAAAGAAGACAAGGCUUUGUUGGCUUCAAACCCCAAGAAGUUUUACAAGAAAAAUUUCUCUCGUUAUCGGAACAAAUACAGGCAGGGUGGCAAUUCCAAUUCUAAAAAGGCCAGAGAUGAGGGUUUCAAGAACUCUGAAACUGAUGAAGAGAAAAAGGAGAAAAAGGUUCUGGGAAAAGAUUCAUAUAGAAUUGGACUCGAGAAAAUAGAAGACUACAUUAAGUUCAAAGAAGACAAAAAAAAUGCUCAUGAUCAUGAGAAUAUUUCUGAAUUUGAUGAGAGCAAAAUAAGUGAGAUUUCUGUGGAGGAUGAAGUUGAUUGCUCAGAGUUUGUACAAAAUAAUCCCGAACCAAAGAAAAAGUUGAUUUAUGAAAGUUCAAUUGAAUUCGUUCAUGUUAUAGAAAAUAAAGGUUCAAGUAAUGAUGAUAAUGCUGAUGGAUGUGAUGAAUUUUUCUGGUCUGGACCAAUUGACAACUCAGAUGAAACAAGAGGUCUUUCUGAAAUAACCUCAUGGAAAACGAAAGGAAAAUACGUUUUGAAACCACUGAAUCAGGAUGUUAAAGACAAAAGUAAGGUUGUUUCGGAACCGAAUAUUUCUCUUGAGACACAUGAAGCAAAUGUGAAAAAGGAGAAAAAGUCAUUUUCAAAACAAAAGGCUCUAAAAAUUAAAGAAAAUGUUCAAAGAAAAUCCACUUUUGUUGAAAUGAAUCUUUGUGAUGCCAAAGUGGAAGUUUUCAGAAUCAAAAAGGGGAAUAAUCAUGCUUUGAAUCAAAAAUCGUUUUGGGUUAUGCAUGAUGAAAAGUACGAUUCAGAAUGGUAUAUCGACAUCAGAUGUUCACGGCACAUUAUUGGAAGGAGAGAAGAACUAAGGGAAUUCAAAUCGUUAAAGGAUGGCGAUCGAGUAAAGUUUGGAAACAAUGCUACCGGAGAAAUGAAAGGCUAUAGGAUAAUCACAAAUGGAGAAUUCUCCAUUUGGAAGGUAGCUUAUGUAGAAGGCCUACAACAUAAUCUAAUAAGUGUUUCGCAAUUGGUUGUUGGUACUGGACUAAAGGUGUCGUUUAAUGAUGAGGGUUCUGAGAUAAUAGAGAAGAAAUCCAAAGCAGUGCUUCUGAAGUGUAAAAGAAAUGGAGAAAUGUAUCCACUAAACUUAAAACUGAUCAAAGGGAAGCCAACCAUUUGCCUUCUUACGAAAGCAUCUUCGGAUGAUAGUUGGCUAUGGCACCGAAGGAUCUCCCACCUGAAUUUCAAGAAUAUAAACAAACUUGUACUUGGCGAUCUUAUAUGUGGCCUUGCACUUCUGACAUUCGAGAAGGAAAAUCUGUGUGCUGCUUAUGAACUUGGAAAGCAAAAUUGUCAAUCUGAGGAGAUAUUUCCUUCAACGAAUCCUAUGACAAUUCCUGUCUCACUUUUAUAUGAGGAAUAUCCGAAUUUGUUUGAUGAACCUGAAAAUGCCAGUUACUCAGAAUCAAAGGCUAAAGAUAAUUAA